AUGGACGCCGAACCCGAUUCUCCCUCAGCGACCUUCACUCCAGUCAACUCGAGUACCCCCAUCAAGCCCGACCCCGAGGAAGCCGAGAAUGCCACCCUUCUCAAGGCAGUGUCCAAGUCCACGACCACCACGACGCCCAAGAAAACCAAGCUUCCACCUAUCCCCACCAGUCUGGAGGCCGUCACGGCCAGCGACAGGCUCAUCCUGCGUCUGCGGGACGAGGAGCAGCGUAACUGGGAUGAUAUUAACAAGGAGUGGAUGGCGCAGACGGGCAUUCUUGUGGGCAAAUCGACGCUUCGGAUGAGAUAUACUACGAUGAAGAGUAAUUUUGUGGAUAUGGAUGGGGAGGAUGAAGCCCGCAUGCUACGCGCCAAGAAGGAAGUCGAGGAGAAGUUCGAAGGCGAUAAGUGGCGGCUUAUUGCGGAUGCAGUGGAAAGUGCUGGAGGGAAGAAUUAUCCUGUUGGGGCGUUGCUGAAGAGGUUUAAGGAGAUGAACAAACCAGCACGGUACUAUCUCUUUGACCAUAAAUGCACAAUUAUGGCGCUGGAAAUCCUCACCUCCUAUCACAUCUUUAAUAUAUUUCUCCUCACCGGUGUCUGUCCUCGCCCAAAAAAAAUAUACUACAUUUUAUCUAUUUGGAUUCCGCCGCCGGAAAUCCCUCCUGCCCAGCCAAUCCGUCGCUCCCGCCCGCACGGCCAUCACCUCCAACUCCAACUCCAUCCCACCCAAAUCCUUCUCCCCUCCCCUCCCCCACCACAACCACAACCACCACCCCUCGCCAACACCAUCACCACCACCACCAUGUCCACCCCCACACUCCACGCAAUCUACUCCGCUCCUCAACAAACCCACACCUUCGAACAAACCAUCACCUCCCCUCUCCCCUCCAACGAUGCCGACCCCUCCGCCGUCCCCGCAAAAGUAACCUACCUCGCCGAACUGCGCAAACUCGUGUCCACCAUCCAGAACGACAUCAAUGUGUUUCUGACCGAGCGCAUGGAAGACGAUAAGAAGGCUGCGGAGGCGCAGGGUCAGAAGGUCUCGGAGAAGGAGGCCAAGGAGGAGGAGAAUUAUGGGGAGGAGGUUGUGGAGGAGGAUGCUUGA